UCUCUCUCUCUCUCAUGGCUGCCACUACAGGGCACUGCAUUGCAAGGUUCAUAGACCCAGAACCAAUGGAAUACUCCAUCUCAGCCAUUUCUAUUAGACAAUCUGUCAAUGCUUUCAAAAAAAGAAACCUGCUCUGUUCAAUGUCCAUGAAUGGUUGCCAAGGUGACCCCAGACUACCGGUGGGCACCGUCGAAACGCGCACUUUACCGGCAGUUUUGAGCACUGCAUUGGCCGUGGACCGCCUCAAGUCCGCCGUGUCAGAGUUACAAUCCGACCCACCUCCGUUCGACUCUGGAAUCAUUCGUCUCCAGGUGCCAAUCCAAGGGCAGAUUGAAGCACUUGAUUGGCUUCAUGCCCAAAACCAGCGUCUACCACGCUGUUUUUUCUCAGGCAGGAGCCAAAGUGGUGGUUCUGAUUUACUUGUUGAUGUAAAUCAAAGAAUCAAUGGGAAUGGCCGUACUUCAUCUGAGGUGCACAAACUUAUCAGUGUCGCUGGCAUUGGUUCUGCUGUCUUCUUUCGCCAUCUCCAUCUAUUCUCAUUUGAUGAUUGGCGAACCAUAAAGAGGUUCCUCUCUGAGAAAUGCCCUUUAAUUCGUGCUUAUGGAGCCAUCCGCUUUGAUGCAAGGGCUAACGUAUCACGUGAAUGGGAGGCUUUUGGUUCAUUUUACUUCAUGGUUCCACAGGUUGAGUUUGAUGAGCUUGAAGGAAGUUCGAUGCUUGCCACAACUGUUGCUUGGGACAAUGCCAUUGCAUUGACAUAUGAAAAGGCAGUUGCUGCACUUCAGGCUACAAUACAACAGGUCUCCUCUAUUGUCUUGAAGUCACAAAAUGAAGUACCUAGUACAUUCAUCCUCAGCAAUAAUCACAUUCCUGGUAAAACAUCUUGGGCUCUUGCAGUUAAUAGAGCUUUGCAGAUGAUAAACAGUAGCAACUCAUCCCUCAAUAAGGUUGUGCUUGCACGAAGCAGCAAUGUUAUGACCACACCUGAUAUUGACCCUUUAACUUGGUUGGCUUGCUUACAGGUUGAAGGACAAAACUCUUAUCAGUUCUGUCUUCAGCCUUCUGAUGCACCAGCAUUUAUUGGGAACACUCCAGAACGACUAUUUCACCGAAACAAGCUUAGCAUUUGUAGCGAGGCUUUGGCUGCAACCCGAGCUAGAGGGGGAUCGAAGGCCCUAGAUCUUCAGAUAGAACUUGAUUUACUUUCCAGUCCUAAGGAUCACCAGGAAUUUACUAUUGUGCGAGAGUGGAUCAGAAGAAAACUAGAGGCUGUAUGUGCGAGUGUAGUGGUUGAACCAGAGAAAACAAUUCGAAAACUCCCAAGGGUCCAACAUCUCUAUGCUCAACUGACUGGGAACCUGGCAAGUGAAGAUGAUGAGUUUGAUGUUUUGUCUUCCCUUCAUCCAACUCCUGCAGUUUGUGGGUUUCCUACUGAAGAUGCGAGACUUUUAAUUGCAGAAACUGAAAUGUUUGACCGAGGGAUGUAUGCUGGUCCUGUUGGAUGGUUUGGAGGAGAAGAGAGCGAGUUUGCUGUUGGAAUAAGAUCAGGUUUGGUGGAAAAGGGUAAUGGCGCAUUAUUUUAUGCUGGUACUGGGAUAGUGGAAGGAAGCGAUCCAUCUCUAGAAUGGGAGGAAUUGGAAUUGAAGACAUCUCAGUUCACCAAGUUGAUGAAAUGUGUGACACCUGUCUCGAUACCUACAAAGGAUGAUGUAAAAAUUAUCAGAUGAAACGUUCCCCCAGCUCAAGUGGCAGAUUAGAUCAAGAAAGAAUAAUAUGAAUGUAUUUCAGUCAUUGUAUUCACUGAAGAGGACGAGAUUAUCUCAACCGAUUCAUAGUUUUUCUGAUCCCAUUGGCUUCAGCAUUCAAGCAAUGGAUCUUGACAACUCCUGUUCAUCCAUUUGGAGAGAAACAUUACCGGCAAGUGUUUGUGUUUGGCUGGUUUCGAUCAUCUUCUCGCCUCGUCAUCAUUGGCUUCAACGCUUUCCAAUCUGAUGCAUACAAUUCCUGAGACUUGGAUGGAGAUGAUGUAUUUUGCUUUUCUUUUCAUGUUAGCCUUUCAAUGUUGUGUAGUAUUUCUCUGUAUUAUUUCCUUCACUUAUUUGUUCCUUUCUAUUUGAUAUGGCUGUGUUUGGCUGGAUCUCAGGAAUUUUUCUAAAUGUGCAGCUACUUGUAUUUUUCUUCCAC